AAAAAGCAUUUGCAGAUCUUGAGACUGUAUUAAGUACUGAAAAAGACCUUAGCGAGCACGAAGCUUACAUAGCAGCACAAGAAGCGUUAAAAGAAGCAGGAGCUCAACUGCCUGAAUCAGGCGAAAUUUAAAACCUUUACAUACUAUUGGUAAUACUUUAAUAUUUAUUCACAAUCAUGACGUAUAAUUCUAAUUUUUAUAACAAUUUUCCGCAAUUUACAUUCCAAUAUCCGCCACCGACAUUUGUUCCCCCUCCACCUCCUUUACCACCUUUCCUCGUCCCUCCAAUGCCGGCGCCAAAUCUUACAGUCACCGACCAGGAGUUCAUAAAACGCUUUGAUAAACCUCCAGUCCCAAACCCAUCUAGCCAAAGGACAAUAUCAAUUAGCACAGCUAAAGAGAAACUACAAAAUCUGAUUGUAACUUUAAACAACUUAAAGAAUCAACAAAAGCAUCUAUCUGAGCACAUGCACACUCUUUCCGAAACCCAAUGGUCAAGUAUAUUGGCAGAUAUAGAGCAAAAUAAACAAAAAAUCAAUGAAACCAUGGGUGAAAUAACAUCCUACUUAGAUACACUUACUAAGUUACUGGCAAAAAGAUCUGCGAAGAGAUUGAGGAUGAAUAAACUUUGCUUGGAAAGGAAGAAAGAGAAAGAAGAUCAUAUAAAAGAAAUGGAGGAAAGAUCUCGGAGGAUUGAUGAGAAUCUCCAGAAGAUUCAAGAUGACAUUAGGAGAGCUAAACAGGAAGAAGCGUCCAAGAUCCAAGCAGACAUAGUUCUAAAGGAAGUCAUACGAAAGAAACACGACGCAAAGAAGUACCUCGUGAAGCUCGACGCAUUAAUUAAGCUGCGCCGCGCGAAGCAGAAUACGGCCAAGGGUAGGGGAGAAAGUGUUGUGGAAAGGGAUGCGGAGGUGUUCAACAAUAAUAUUGAAAAACUGAAGCAACUCUGGGUUGAAAAACUUGCAAUCUACGAUAAAGAAGAAGUCCAGCUUCGUGCUACUCUGGAGCAAGAUACUGAAAGCAACAUAGAAAGCAAGCAAAUGCAGGAGUUUGUUGAUAACUUGGAUAAGUGGCAGGAGUUCUUAUUUGGUGGGAGCUCGCCGCAGGUUGACUUCAACGGUGAUAUUGGCAGUUUUGUCCAAGUUAGAUCUAAAUGGGAUCAGUACCUCGAUGGAGAAGGCACACCUCUACCCGUCGGUUGGGUGGUACCAAAAGAUGUCUAAUUACUAAAGGUUGGGUGCUAAAAGAUAUCUAAUUGCAGUUAGUUGGGUGGUACUAAACAAUUUCUAAUUAUAAUUUUUGCCAGAUUUUGUUGAUUAAUUUUUCAUUGGAUAAGAUAUUUGUGAAACCAGCUUUUGCAAAAUGUAUCGUGUGGCUACAAUUUGACUGCACCUAAAGUUAAGAUGACCUUUACCUUUAACAGUCCUUGUUUAUACUGUGGCGUGGCCAUGAUUUGUGGGUACGGAGCUUUCCGAAAGCUGCAUUUAUAAGAGCUUAUUGA